GAUGGUGAUAGUAGUGGAUACGGUGGUGAUGGGUAGUGGUGGUGGUGGUGUGAUUGCAUUAGUAAGGUCUUAAUCUGCCUAAAUAAUCUUGUUUUUUCUAGAUUUGGUUUUCCGUCCCACCAAACACUAGAAGAUUCCAGUUUUUGGGAGGGAAAAUUGUGAAUCAGUAAUGUUUUUAAAUUUUUAUUACAAAUUUAUGAAAAAAAUUAUAACUUUAAUUAUUUAAGUUGGUAUGAUUUACCACUGAUUUGAAAUUCUUUUUUUCUGGAAACCUAACUUGCAAAAAAAAAAAAAAAAAAGGAGGUAAAGGAAGAAAAGAAACCCAACUUGUAUUCUGCAUGUUUCCAUUUUACUCUGCUUUCAAAAAAUGGAAAAAAUGAGUAUUUACAAACAAGAAGGGGUAGUGGGAUUUGCAGUGUUAAAGAUUAAUUAUUUACUGUUGGUUUGUUAAUAUAUAUCAUUUAAUAACCACCACAAAACAACCAGUAUUAACUUGCAUAUUUUAUCUGUGUUUGUUCAAUUGUUCAAUUCUGAUAUUUUAUGAAUCAUGAUUAUGUUCCAUUUUUUGAGUUUUUCUUUUCUUUGUGAAAUCUAUUUUUUGCUGAUUCAUGUUUAUACAAUGAAUUGAUGAUUGAAGGCAAGACAGGCUUUGAGGGCAUUGAAAGCAGUAGUGAGGGUACAAGCAAUUUUCCGAGGCAGGCAGGUCAGGAAGCAAGUUGCCUUAACACUAAGGCGUAUGCAAGCUCUUGUUCGAGCUCAGGCUCGUGUUAGGGCCUCUUGUGUAUCUUCACAAAGUUGGGAUAAACGUGCCAUUGCAUUAGAGGAUGAAGAGAAAGAGAACCUUGAUAGCUUGGUUUGGGAGAUGAUGGAUGAUGAAGUAGCAAAACAUGAACCCACUAUAGAAGAUGAUGUCUCCACACAGAAUCAGCAUCUGCAGCAAAUUCCGACACUCAGUGGCAGUCACAAUUUCUGCUCAGUGGAUUUGGAUUCUGAUAACCACGUAAUUAUAGACAGAGAUGAUAUUCAUCCUAAUAAUGUAGCAUACUCAAAAAACUCAAAGAGUGUAGACAUUGCUGUUAGUCAAGGGGAUCCUCUAUCUUCUACUGGUGAUGUUUGGCCACCAGUUAGCAUGCCAGAUUCUUAUUAUCAGUCUACGUUAAACCGUGAAUAUGCUUCUGCUUCUGCCACUAAGUUGUCACUUGGGCAUUCACGAGUUUUUAAACAGCAACAGGUCCGACUGAUUGAUCUGGAAUCUGACAAUUGUGAAGAAGACACAAGGAAAGAUCUGUUGCACAGAAAAUCUAAUGAUGGGUCUUACUUCAAUCCGUACUCUGACCAAGAAGUCCAAGGCCAAAAUGAGGUACUGCAACAUUUCUACAAGGGUCAGGACGGUUUACCUUAUCAGCACGAGCAGAAGCAGACACGGUUAAAUUUACAGCCAGCGUCAAAUGUUUCAAUGGAGAUGGGUCAGUUUUCUGGACUUUUCAGGGAGCAUCUGCAUGCGUCGCUGCCCUUAGAACUGAGGCAGAAGAGAUCGAAUGAUAUGUAUAUGCAUCAAAACAUUCAGGGGAAGAUGUUCACUGAUGGAAGUAGGUACACUAUUCCAAGGCAAGAACACUUCUCGAAUGCCAAUACCAAUGUUCAGGAUUGGGCUAUCAAUACUAAUACCACCCACAUGUCAGCACCUCUCCAGUCUCAUUUGGAUGGUGGAGAGUUGGGUCGGAAUUGGUUUUCAGGGGAGCAUCGAGUCCGUGGUGGCUGGUCCACUUUGGACACUAGUGCUGUUGGCCCAACCCAGACAGGUGGAUUUCCAGUUUAGAGCUUGGUUGGGAGUUAGGAUGCACACAGAUGCUGAACACAAGAUGCGUGUGACAGGAGUUUUUGGGCUCUAAUUAUUUUUAGGACUAAGGGUCAAUCAGGAUUUUCUUAGUAGCUGAUGGAAUUUUGUACGUACAUACAGGAGAGUCAAUCCAACACCGUAUAUAUAUCUAGGUUUUAUAGACGGGGAGGAGGUGAGUUGUGAGGAUGGUGGAAAGAAUCAAGGGAUUUCUGGUAUCAAGGGGUGAUUCAGUCAUAAAUAUAGUUCCUUUUUCUUUGGGAUUUUUUAGUUUAUUGAACUAAUAAAGGUUACCAUUUUUUUAGUU